AUGCCUGCGCUCGCGUUUGGACUCAAUGCCACUAGGUCAGGACCCUCAAAGCCAGCGCAAAAGCGCAAAGCAUUCUUCGACGAAGACGACGGUGCUCCAGAAGAUGUGCCCGCCCCAGCAUACGGAGCGAAGAAAUCCUCUAAGCCACUCCGGCCGAUAACAGAUCUGGGCGCCGACGAGGAUGAGAAGGGUCCUCCGAGGAAAUCGCCGAAGCUGUCGUCGUAUGGCUUGCAGCCCGCGAAAGGGAAACCCUCCGCACCCACGCUUGGAAGCGACAAGUACACUAAUCUGUCGGCGUUGAGGAGCGCAAAACUACACGAUGAAGAGGCUUCCAAGCUCGAUGCCUCGGUGUACGACUACGACGCCGUUUAUGAUACAUUCCAUGCACACAAAGAGAAGAAAUCAAAUAGCGAUGCACAGGAUUCGGGACCAAAAUAUAUGGGCUCAUUACUACAGAGCGCAGAAGUGCGAAAGCGAGACCAGCUGCGAGCACGAGAGAAGCUGCUGCAACGGGAACGAGAAGCCGAAGGGGAUGAGUUUGCCGACAAGGAGAAGUUCGUGACAGGCGCAUAUAAGAAACAACAAGAAGAAAUCAAGAAGUUGGAGGAGGAAGAGAAGAAGCGCGAAGAGGCUGAAGAGGAACGCCGGCGGAAAGGUGGUGGCAUGACGGCGUUCCACAAGCGCAUGCUGGAGAAGGAUGAGGAGCGGAUGCAGAUGAUCAAGGAGGCCGAGGAACAGGCCGCCGAGAGGAAGGAACGUGGUGUCGAAGUGGAACAGGAGGCUGAAGAAGGAAUAUCCGAUGCUAAGAUCGCCGAGGAUCUGAACAAACGAGGCACCAGAGUUGUGGUUAACGAUGAGGGUGAAGUCGUGGACAAGCGACAGCUCCUAUCAGCCGGCCUCAAUGUUGCGCCGAAGAAGCCCGGCAAGGACCAACAAGCAACUACGAAACAAGAAUCCGCUCGACCACAAGAAUACUGGCGAUCAUCCAAGGCACACGACGCCCGGGAGGCGCAACGUGAGAGGCAGUCACGUAUGGUGGAGCGGCAGAUCGAAGACAUGCUGGAGAAACAGAAGCAAGCCGAAGCCGAGGAGAACCAAGCACAGCAGGAGAAGAAUAAAAGCAGAGUCACUGAGGCUGACAAGAUGUCUGCCAAGGAGAGAUAUCUGCAGCGGAAGAAGGAAAGAGAGGAAGAAGCGAGAAAGAAGAAAGAGGCCGGGGGCGGCGGUUGA